GGUCGGCCGAGUCUAGAGCAGCUGUCUGGGAUUUCUUAAAGGUAAAACCAGACUCCAAACCUGAUGUCAGUCCACCAUUACGCUCGGCAUUCCCGAACGGUGGGAAACGUCGAUCUAUCAUGAUGAAAACCCCUCUUUUGAGUGCCUGACGGAGAUAUUUAAGUCGGAAUGCAGUCGGCCACGGCGGACCAAGGCUAUGGUGACUCCGCAGGUUCAGCCACUGGUUCAGUGGUGCAAGUGUGCUUCCCGAGUGUGCAGGCGUCAGUGCUGGAGAGCCUGAAUCGGCAGCGUGAAGAAGGCCAUCUCUGUGACCUCUCCAUCCACGUUCAGGGCCAGGUGUUUAAGGCCCAUCGGUGUGUGCUGGCUGCAUCGUCACCUUACUUCCAUGACCAGGUGCUGCUGAAGAACAUGUCCACUGUCUCCAUCCCGGCCGUCAUGGACCCCCUGGCCUUUGAGAGCGUCCUCAGUUGCGCGUACACCGGGCAGCUGCGAAUGCUUCGUGAAGACAUUGUUAACUACCUCACCGUUGGCAGUGUGCUCCAAAUGUGGCACAUUGUGGACAAAUGCACUGAGCUUCUCAAAGAGGGCAGGGGAGGUUCCAGUGGACCUCAGGGAUCCGGAGACAAAGAGAACGCAGGACAGAGCAGCGGCGCCAACAAGGUCGCCCAAGCGGACGGCGGAGAUGCACCUUCGACUCCUCAACCUCCCAGCCGACCUUCCUUCAGCGAGAGCCAGUCCCCGAGCAGCACCAAUUACUUCAGUCCUAGAGACGCAAACUUUGGCAGCACGAUGGUGACCACCGGAGCAGCGGGAGAGGGUGCCGUACACUCCACCCCGACCUACUGCAUGCCCUCUGGCGGAGAGGAAGGCUUCAUGAUUGAAGAAGACGAAGAAGAUGACGACGAGCUCUUGUUUCCCAGGAAAAGAGAUCGGGGAGGCAAGCGAAAGGUCGCAACCUCCAUCUCCGAUCAAGAGGUUGGAGUAAGUGACAGUUUUGGAGUUUCGUCCUACCAGGAUGGAGACUCUUCUCCACCCCAGAAGCGGCCGUCGUACAGUCAGCCGAGCAUCAUGCCGAGAAAACAGUGGGUGGUGGUGAAGACAGAGCACUCGAGAGACGACGACCUGAUCGUGGUGUCGGGAGGAGAGGAAGGAGCAGACGAUGAAGAGGAACGAGAGAUGGAGAUGGUCAGAGAAAGAGACAGGACAUUUAAUAUAUCAAACGUUAGGACCCUCUCUGGACUCAGAGAAGAUGCUGAAAUGGAGGCACAGGCUGAUUAUUGCCAGUCCUCGGAAGACUACCUCAAGUUUGAGAGGGGUUUGAUCGACCAAACGUCCUCUCAACACCCUCCUGAGAAUCCCGGUCAAUGCUCCAGUAGGACCGUGUCCACCCUGCUCGGUUCAGUUCAGUCGACGGCUGCCAGAGCUCAGCUCUUCCCUCUGGAUAUGCAGGGAAACCAGAUUCUCCUGUACAAUCAAGCCGCCCUGGAGUCUACAUCUCCAUUAGGGCUUGCAGGAGGCAUGUCCGGGGUGUCUCUAAAAGGGAGCCUCGAACACGGAGCGGUCCACUUACCCAGCCAAGGUGCUUUGGGUAGCGGGAUGGAAGGAUUAGAUGGCGGCGCGGCUGGCAAUUCAGGCAAGGUCUUCAUGUGUCACUGCGGGAAGACGUUCACACACAAGAGCAUGCGGGACCGGCACAUCAACAUGCACCUGGACCUUCGACCCUUCCACUGCCCCGUCUGCGCCAAGAAGUUCAAAAUGAAGCAUCACCUCACCGAGCACAUGAAGACCCACACCGGUUUGAAACCCUACGACUGCCACGGCUGUGGGAAGAAGUUCAUGUGGCGCGACAGCUUCAUGAGGCAUCGUUCGCAUUGCGAGAGGCGCAGCAGGGCCGAAGCAAGAGCCGGAUCCGAAGGUUCGGUCAUCUCUCCACCACAUCACAUGAAGCUCCCCUCAGCCAACGAGACCAAUCAGGGUAGCGUUGGUUCCAGAAGUGGGAUCCCCGUUCUGUCUCCACAACAUUCAAUGAGCAGCAACGGCGUCUCUUGUCUCAACAUGGCCGCUUCUGGGCCUCUUCUUGGAAUAAGUUCUCAAAGUGGGCCGCAUGGCCUUGGUUCUGGCGUUUUGGGCAUUGGUGGCAAUCGUAGCGGGUGUGUGGAAGAUGUCUGUGAGGGUAACGUUGACGAAAGCAGUGUCACAUAAGAGUUUUCCCUCCUGAAACCACCGUCCCGCAAAACCAGAACUCUUGUCUUCGGUUUUCAAGGGACUACGUGCACAAUUGUCUGAUUCUUUACCUCAUGUCGGUGAGUGCGCCAUACAAGAUGUCCCAUGUGUGUUCGAAAAUAAUACCAAUGACCAAGUGCCCAUUGCUAGCUCACGUAUGUAUCUACUUAAAGACCAGGCUGCUAUGGUGACUGUUGAAAGCGUAUCCCGGCCAGGAAUACGGGACGGUCGCCGUCACGUUCAAGCUGCCUCACUAGCACAGAACAUUCGUUCACUGUUGCUCUGAAGUGCCAUUCCGUUAUUAUGUUGUACGAUAUUAUGUUGUACAGAGUUGUACAUUACUGUAACUCACUCGGUCUGUUCUUGAUGUGAAGUUUUAUUGUACUGUCACUCAACUAUAUACAGUAUAUUCACUCUGAAAGGUUUUGAACGUCUUGAUAACUUAAAUAAGAGACGUGCUAUAGUUUCCUCUGCACUUUGGUGUCUUAUGGUCCGUUCACAUCAACGACGAUAACUAUAACGAUAACUAUAAAGGCUUGUUCACAAAAAAGGAUGAUAACUAUAAAGUUAACUAUAAAGGUACAUUAACAUAAAGAAUAAUAACUAACAAUAACUAUCAAGGCUUGUUUGCAAAAAAGGACGAUAGCUAUAACAAUAACUUUAAUGAUAACAAAAAAACUAAAAAAGGGUCAUCACAAAAAGGAUGAUAACUGUAAUGAUAACUAUAAAGACUCAUUCACAGAAAAAAUUAAAUAACUAAAAGGUUAACUAAAGGUACGUUCACACCGAGGAUAACUAUUAUAAUAACUAUCAAGGCUCGUUGGCAAAAAAGGACAAUAAAUAUAACAAUAAUUUUUCUUACAAAAAAGACGAUAAUUAUAACAAUAACUAUAAAGGUGUGUUUACAACAAAACCAAUAGCUAUUAUGAUAACAAUAAACGCUUGUUUGCAAAAAGGAUGAUAACUAACGAUAACUAUAACAAUAGGGGUCCAAAAGGAUGACAACUAUAAUUAUAUCUAUAGCAUUCACAAAAAAGUCGAUAACUAUAAAUUUAACUAAAGGUACGUUCACAAAGAGGAUGAAUAUAACAAUAAUUAUCAAGGCUCAUUUGGAAAAAAGGACAAUAACUAUAACUAAAUUUUCACAAAAAAAUACGAUAAUUAUAACGAUAAAUAUAAAGAUUUGUUCACACCAAAAACAAUAACUAUAACAAUAACAAUAAAGGCUCAUUCACAAAAAGGAUGAUAACUAUAAUGAUGACUAUAAAGACUCAUUCAAGAAAAAAGUUAAUAACUAUAAAGUUAAGUAUAUAGGUACGUUCACACAGAGGAUAAAUGUAACAGUAACUAUCAAGGUUCAUUUGCAAAAAAAGGACGAUAACUUUAACGUUAAUUGUUCGCAAAAAAUUAUGAUAAUUAUAACGAUAACUAUUAAGGCUCGUUCUUAAAAAGGAUGACAACUGUAUAGAUAAUUAAAAAGCGGUCAUAGCAAAAAGGAUGAUAACUAUAACGAUAACUAUAAAGACUCGUUAACUAUCAAGGGUCAUUUGCAAAAAAGGAUGAUAACUAUAACGAUGCAUUUUUGCAAAAAGAGGAUGAUAAUUAUAAUGAUAACCAUAAAGGUGUGUUCACACCAAAAAUAAUAACUAUAAUGAUAACAGUUGAGGCUUGUUCAUAAAAAGGAUGACAACUAUAAAGUGUCAUCCCAAAAACGAUGAUUACUAUAACGAUAACUAUAAAGGGUCAUCACAGAAUGUAUGACAACUAUAAUGAUAUCUAUAAAGACACAUUCACAAAAAAAAAUCGAUAACUAUAAGUUAACUAUAAAGGUACGUUCACGCAGAGGAUAAUUAUAACAAUAACUAUCAGUGCUCGUUUGUGAAAAAGAACGAUAACUAUAACAAUUAUUAUAACAGUGUGUUCACACCAAAAACAAUAGCUAUAACAAUAACAAUAGGCUCAUUCACAAAAAGGAUGACAACUAAAAGUCGUUAAUUAUACAUGGAUCACAAAAAAAGUUGAGAACUAUAAAGUAAAACUAUAAAGAUUUAUUCACCAAAAAAGUUGAUAACUAUAAAGUUAACUAUAAAGGUACAUUCACAAGAUAAAUAUAAUAAUAACUAUCAGGGUUCAUUUGCAGGAAAGGAUCAUAAUUAUAACAAUAACAAUAAAGACUCAUUCACAAAGUCGCUAACUAUGAAGUUAACUAUAAAGGUACGUUAACACAGAGGAUAACUAUAACAAUAACUAUCAAGGCUCAUUUGCAAAAAAGGCUUAUUCACAAAAAACGACUAUAACGAUAACUAUAAAGACUUGUUCGCAAAAAAGUCCAACUAUAAAGUUAACUAUAAAAGUUUGUUUACAUGAGCGAUAACUAUGAAGGUCUGUUGACACAAAAAUAAAUAACUAUAACAAUAACAAUAAAGGCUUGUUCACAAAAAGGACAGUAAUUAUAAUGAUAACGAUAAAGGCCUGUUCACAAAAAUGUUGUAACAAUACCUAUAAAGUUUUAAUAAUCAUUCUAAUUCUAAAUGUGAAUGACAAAGUCCACAUCACAACUAGUCCUAUAAUGAUAGUGACUUGAGGAACAAUAUAAUUGUAAUCAAUUUCAGAACUUUUUCAGCUGAUCAACGAAAAAAACAUUGACAGCCAAUCUAAAUGAUAAAAGCACCAUAAUACCACUUUAAAGAGCUUAAGCUUUUAAAAUGGUAGACGACAUAACUGCAGCGCACACUUAUAAACAGAACAUUAUUGUACUUUGGUGUGGAUGCUAAUCUAGAUAUUGUUAUAGUUCUCGGUGUGAACGGGCCUUAAACUUAAAACGAAUCAUUCAAAUUCUAUGAGAAUUAUAAUGAUGGCAUAUAGAGACUGCCUUUUUUCAGCUGAUAAAUGUUUAAAACAUUGACAGCCAAUCAGAACUUAUUACACUUUAAGAGCUCAAGCACAUAACCACAUAGUGACUGCUAAUAUAGUUAUCAUUCUUGGUGUGAACGGGCCUUUACUGCUUGCAGAGCAGGCGAGUGCAGGAUUUUGUAGGUAGUUGGAUAACUAAAUAAAUCGACUCAGAGUGCGUUUUGGCUUUACAGUAUGAUUUUUAUCCGUAAAACCACCAUAAACAUUGAGGGGGACACAUCCUCCUAAAUACUGGUCAAAAGUCACAAGCACCUGGCAUCCAACUACUGAACUCCUGCGGUAUUUUAGAUGUAGCCUAUAGCGUACCAGUAGUGAUAGUUUACACGUUUGCCUUCCAUGAAGGCCGAGACCUGAUUUGCGAAUGGUUGAAAAGCUCGAAUGAAGUAUGCAAAUGACAUGCCAAAUUAGUGUGAACGUCUGCAACUGCCAAGAACGUUUAAGACGUAUGAAGAUGAUUUAACAGAUCCUGAUUGGGAUUGCCUGAGUGGAUGUUUGGAUAUGUCAAUGCAGUGAUCAGUAGUUGCCUUGUACCACAGAUGCACCACAGAAACCCAUAUACCUCAAACAUUUGCGCAACUAUUCAAUAGAUUACAAUAAAUGAACCUGGGUGUGAAGAUUGUGAGCUGGAAGGAAUCACGUAUCUGUUGCUUAUCACACAUUAUUAUGACUUUUAUAUCAAACCUGUGUAUUUCAGAUUAGUGAGCAAAGUUGAAGUGUGAACAAUGAAGUAGAGAACGUUUGAAAUAUAAUUUAAAAACCAGUAGGUAAAAGCAUGAUUCAGUGCUCGCUUGAUGAGUAAUCUGGUUAGAGAUCUGUAUUUUGUACUGAUAAAUAAAAAUAUUUGUUCUGUCUACAGCUGUUGUGGUGAAUCUGAACUAAAUAUGUGACGGGCGAUAGCACGCUACGCAUUUCCCUGAUAAGGACAGAUUAUGUCAAUGCUUUCACAGGAUCUUCAAAUGAAAGAGAAAUAAAGUACGUU